AUGAACCCCUUUAUUGACAAUAUGAGAAACAUGGACAUGAAAGUCAUCAGGAGUGGGGCCACCAGCAACCAGACGGGAGCGCCUGUAUUCCUCCUGUUAGGAUUAACUGAUGACCGGGACCUUCAGCCUGUCCUCUUCUGCCUCUUCCUGUCCAUGUACCUGGUCACCCUCCUGGGGAACCUGCUCAUUGUCCUGGCCGUGGUCUCAGACCCCCACCUGCACACCCCCAUGUACUUCUUCCUCUCCCACCUCUCCUUCACUGACAUCUGCAUCAGCACCUGCACCAUCCCCAAGAUGCUGGAGAACAUCCGCACCCAGACACAGAGCAUCACUUAUGUCGGCUGCAUGGCCCAGACCUUCUUUGUUAUAGUUUUUACGAGUUUAGAAAACUGUCUCCUGGCUGCCAUGGCCUAUGACCGCUACGUGGCCAUCUGCCACCCGCUGAGGUACACGGUCAUCAUGAACCAGCUGCUCUGCACGCUGCUCAUCGUCUUCUCGUUGUCUAUUGCCGUUACCAACGCUCUGAUCCACACGCUGAUGGCGCUGCGACUCUCCUUCACUUCCCAAGUGCUCGUCCCCACCUUCUUCUGUGAACUCGCCCAGCUGCUCAAGCUCUCGUGCUCUGACACCUCAAUCAACAACCUGCUGAUCUACCUGGUGGCUGCCAUAUUCGGGGGCAUCCCCGUCUCGGGAAUCAUUUUCUCCUACACUCGAAUUGUCUCCUCGGUUCUGAGGAUGCCCUCGGCCAAGGGGAAGCAGAAAGCUUUUUCCACCUGCGGCUCUCAUGUCUCUGUGGUUGCUGUGUUCUAUGGGACGACAUUUUGGGUGUACAUUAGCUCUGCAGCCUCGGAAUCUUCCAGAACAUCUGCCAUCACUUCAGUGCUGUACAUUGUGGUGCCACCGCUGAUGAACCCCUUUAUCUACAGCCUGAGGAACAAGGACAUGAAGGGGGCUGUGAGGGGGCUCCUGAGCGGGAAACGCUCUGUGCUCUGA